AGACAGGCUAACAGACUGUACAGGCUGUCCUCAGAGGGACUCCAUCUCUAGACGGCCAGAGACGCGCCAGGAUGGAGGUCCUGAAGGAGAAAGUGGAGGAGGAGGAGGCGGCCGAGCGGGAGGAGGCAGCGGAGCGGGCCGAGAGGGGAGAGAAGAUGAUGAGGCCGGUGGAGGUGCGGAGGGAGGAACCGCCCCUCACGCAGGAGAUGCUCAGGGACCUGGAGAAGAAGCUGUCGGAGAUCGUAAUCCCGGGGAAGCCCUCGAUCUUUACCAGUGACGCUAUCGACAUCUCCAAGCUGCCCCUUUCCUACCAAAGCAAUACGCCCAAGGAGGAACUCUUGCUGCAGGUGGCAGACAACUUCUCCCGCCAGUACAGCCACCUGUGCCCGGACCGCGUGCCCCUCUUCCUGCACCCGCUGAACGAGUGUGGAGUGCCCAAGUUUGUGAGCACAACCAUCCGGCCCACGCUGAUGCCCUACCCCGAGCUCUACAACUGGGACAGCUGUGCCCAGUUUGUCUCAGACUUCCUCUCCAUGGUGCCUCUGCCCGACCCCCUCAAGCCGCCCUCCCACCUGUACUCCUCGACCACGGUGCUCCAGUGCCAGAAGGGGAACUGCUUUGACUUCAGCACGCUGCUCUGCUCCAUGCUCAUCGGCUCUGGCUAUGACGCCUACUGCGUCAACGGGUACGGCUCGCAGGACCUGUGCCACAUGGACCUGACCCGGGAGGUGUGCCCCCUCACCGUGAAGCCCAGGGAGACGGUCCGGGAGGAGGAAAAGCCACCGGCUAAGAAGUACGCCAUCAAACCCCCCCGGGACCUGAGCAGCAGGUUUGAGCAGGAGCAGGUGAUGAAGAAGCAAGAGGAGAUCAGAGCUGAGGAGGAGAGGCGGCUGAGGGAGGAGGAGGAACGGCUCAUGGAGGCAGAGAAGGCAAACACCGACCCCCUGCACGGCCUGCGGGUGCACUGCUGGGUCCUGGUGCUGGCAGGAAAGCGCGAGGUGCCGGAGAGCUUUUUCAUUGACCCGUUCACGGCGCGCAGCUACAGCCCGCAGGACGACCACUUCCUGGGCAUCGAGAGCCUCUGGAACCACAAGAACUACUGGGUCAACAUGCAGGACUGUUGGAACUGCUGCAAGGACCUGGUCUUUGACCUGGGAGACCCCGUGAGGUGGGAGUACCUGCUCCUGGGGACCGACAAGCCUCACCUGUCCACAUCUGAGGAAGACGACAGUGGCACGAAUGAUGACGAGGACGUGGAAGAUCUGUGCAAGGAGGAUGAGGACAAGAGCUGGGACAUGCCGACCUCGUGGGUGGAGCAGAUUGAGAUCUCCCCGGAAGCGUUCGAGACUCGCUGCCCAAAUGGAAAGAAGGUGAUACAGUACAAGAGGGCAAAGCUGGAGAAGUGGGCCCCGUACCUCAACAGCAAUGGGCUCGUGUGCCGCCUCACCACCUACGAGGACUUGGAGUGUACCAACACUUUGGAGAUAAAUGAGUGGUACCAGAACCGGGAGGACAGGCUGGAGCUGAGGCGUAUAAACAAGAGCACGGGCCUGAAUAUCGACUACUUCAAGCCAGGCCACCCCCAGGCUCUGCGUGUGCACUCAUACAGGUCCAUGCAGCCUGAGAUGGAGCGCGUCAUGGAGUUUUAUGAAACAGCCCGUGUGGACGGCCUGCUAAAGCGGGAAGAGACCCCCAAGACAAUGACAGAGUACUAUCAAGGACGGUCUGACUUCCUUUCCUACCGCGACGUCAAUUUCGGGCCCAGGGUCAAGAAGCUGGCUCUGAACAGCGCAGAGUCAAACCCCCGGCCCAUAGUGAGAAUCACAGAGCGCUUCUUCCGCAACCCAGCGAAGCCAGCCGACGAGGACGUGGCGGAGCGCGCGUUUCUCAUCCUGGAGGAGCGCAUCCAGCUGCGCUACCACUGCCGCGAGGACCACAUCACGGCCUCCAAGCGCGAGUUCCUGCGGCGCACGGAGGUGGACGGCAAGGGCAACAAGGUCAUCAUGACGCCCGACAUGUGCGUCAGCUUCGAGGUGGAGCCCAUGGAGCACACCAAGAAGCUUCUCUACCAGUACGAGACCAUGAUGCAGCUGAAAAAUGAGGAGAAGUUGUCCAGACAUCAGACCUGGGAGUCGGAGCUAGAGGUGCUGGAGAUCCUAAAGCUUCGAGAGGAAGAGGAGGAGGCACACGCGCUGACCAUCUCCAUCUACGACACCAAGCGUAACGAGAAGAGCAAGGAGUAUCGGGAGGCCAUGGAGCGCGUGAUGCACGAGGAGCACCUGCGGCAGGUGGAGGCCCAGCUGGACUACCUGGCCCCGUUCCUGGCGCAGCUCCCACCAGGAGAGAAGAUGACGCGCUGGCAGGCCGUGCGCCUCAAGGAGGAGUGCCUCAGUGACUUCAAGCAGCGGCUCAUCGACAAGGCCAACCUCAUCCAGGCCCGUUUUGAGAAGGAGACCCAGGAGCUACAGAAGAAGCAGCAGUGGUACCAGGAGAACCAGGUGACCUUGACGACGGAGGAUGAAGACUUGUACCUGAGUUACUGCUCUCAGGCCAUGUUCCGCAUCCGCAUCCUGGAGCAGCGGCUCAAUCGACACAAGGAGUUGGCCCCACUGAAGUACUUGGCUCUGGAGGAGAAGCUUCACAAGGACCCACGCCGGGAAUUCCUGAAAGUCUUUGUUUGA